AAGCGACAGCGAGCGAGUGAGCGAGUUCUUCCGCGAAUCCUAGAUCGUAGAUAUUUAAUUAAAUCUAUAACGAACGCCGUGUAUUUCAAUUCGCGAUUUAUCUUGCUCCGAUAACGACGCGGUCACUGAUAACGGAGUUCGAUGCGACAAAGAUGAUCACCUAAGGGGAGGAGGAAGCUCUCCCUUCGAGCGAUCAUGUGGGAUUCUCGCGCGAGCUCCUUCUCCAAAACCAACAGGACCAGAUGGUCCUACGAGACCUAUCCCACGUCCGAGGAUCGGGACGCUUACACAUCCCCCAGGAUGCGUUGUCCCUCCGCGACGAUGCAGGAGAGUCCCGUGUUGCCGCAACGUGCGAGCGUACAGCAGCGUACUACUGGCUAUCGCCAGCAACGAUCUUCCUGGCAGCAGGACGGCCGCUCAUGCGAAGUGAGCAUAUCAUCCGCCCGCGCGUCGGUGAUGGUGUACGAUGAUGUGAACAAGAAAUGGAUACCAAGCGGCAGCUCGUCCGGCCUGUCCAAGGUCCAGCUCUAUCACCAUCAGGUGAACAAUACGUUCCGCGUGGUCGGCAGGAAGCUACAGGACCACGAGAUCGUCAUCAACUGCGCGAUCCUCAAGGGACUCAAGUACAAUCAGGCGACAGUCACGUUUCAUCAAUGGCGGGACAAUAAGCAGGUCUACGGGCUCAAUUUCUCCAGUAAGGAUGAUGCCGACGCCUUUGCCCGGGCGAUGCUCCAAGCACUCGAUGUGCUGAGCAAUGGCAGUAACAUAUCACGAAGUCUCGCUCCGACAACCGCCACGACUACUCAACAGACCGCCUAUCAGCAGCAGCAGCAGCAGCAACAACAACAACAGCAACAACAGCAGAGCCAGGCAACCGCUCAAUAUGAAGAGGACAUGGGAUACAGAACCAUGACCAGAGAGGACGUGGCAAUAAUUCAGGAACGCAGAAUGUCCCAGCAAAGUCAAGCAACCGGCAGUCCUAAUCCUAUAUCACCAAGCUGCCCGCCGACUGUGCAGCAGCAGCAGCAACAGCAGCAGCAGCAACAACAACAACAACAACAACAACAACAACAAUCCGGUCACCAUCGAACUUCGUCGGCACCGCCGGCGCCGCAGCCACCGCAACAGCAGCAAUCGGCACUAAUGCAGGGUGUCAGUGGUAUGGCCCCAGUUCCUCCACAAAUGUCAACUGGACCACCGGUACCGCCGCCUCAGCCGCCGAUUGCACCCCCCGCCCCUCCGUGUCCGCCAGCAAUGAUGAACUUUAGUUCGUCCGCGAUACCGGCACCACCGCUGAUGAUGAAUCAGUACGCACAAUCACCAUCAUCCCAAUCGAACGUUGCAAAUCAGCAGUCCCAAUCUAUCUACGUUACUAAUCAGGCGAGUCAGUAUGGUGCCGCGCCUACGAGUAAUCAGUACGCAAGCGCCGCUUCCGUUGGCGGCACCGGAAGCAGCGGUGCGAGCAGCGUCGUGGGCCAGAGUCCAAACCAGUAUCCGCAAUCCAGCAGUCAGAAUAAUUUCUAUGGCACUAACAGUCAGACGAGCAAUUAUGCUACGGGAGGGCAGGCUAAUGCAGGUCAAUACAACCAAUCGACCGGCAAUCAGGUCGCGCAGUAUGGCAGCAGUGGUGGUAAUCAAUACGGAAGCAGUAGCUCGAUAAAUCAGUACGCCGCCGGUCCGCCACCGCCCGGUCCGGGAAGCCAAUACGCGGUCGCGCAACCCGGUCAAUCGCAGUACGCCAGCAUCGUGUCCCAGGCGCAAGCACAAUAUGGCGGUACAGGCAAUCAAGCAGUCCCCUCAGCAGGCACUACAAAUCCGUAUGGGACGCCAUCAAACUCGGUGAAUCAGUACGCCACCGGCGGACACCUUACGGUCGGCGCUAACGCUUACGCUCCUAUUGUUAGCGGCGGCCCACCCCCGCCCCCAAUGGGACCGUUGACCGGAAUUGCCGCACCACCUCCACCACCGCCACCACCGGUACCUAAUGCUAACAAUUCCAUCGCCAGCGUCUCAUCCACCAGUUCUUCAAGCGAUCCACCACCCGAUACUAACUCAUUAGCUGCCGCUCUUCAAGCUCGUCUUAAGAAGAAACAGCAACAAUCACAGCCUGUGGAAAACAGUGGCUCGAGCACUAGCAGUAGCGGUAGUGGAAGUGGUGGCAAUUAUGGUACUUUAGGAAGAGGUGGAGGCGGCGGAAUGGCUUCCAUGAUGGACGAGAUGGCUAAGACUUUGGCACGCCGUCGAGCUGCUGCCGAGAAAAAGCAACCUGAACAACCACCGGAGCCGGAAAGCUCACCAGAUAAGAAAUCUUGGGACAAGAGUAAUACAUCAAAUAAUAAGUUCUCCAACGGCGCCGAAUCGCCGAAAUCAGUACGAAAGAGGUUUGGCUCGGCCUCGGAGGAUACCCUUCUCAAGGUAAACGGAGUUAACGACGGAACUUCGUUUACCGCGCAAGAGAUGGAGGCCUUUAAAGUGGAGAUAAUCAAGGAAGUGCGUAAAGAGUUCCAAAAAAUGAAGCAGGAAAUAAUCGAUGUUGUGAGAACAGAACUGAAUAAGAGAUAAAGAAAACGAUAAAAAAAAGAAGCAAAGGAGCCAGAGUCGAACUCUCGAAGCCGACAAGAAUAAGACGGGAAAAAAAAGAAAAUAAAAAAGUAAUUAAAGAGAAAGUUUUAUGACUAGAUCGCUCGAUAUUAGGGCGACAUUAACGAGAACCACACACAGGUUUUUACAACGUAUUUGCAACAGAAUGUAGUGUGGUUACAUUGAUGUAUAUCGGACGUUUAUGUGUAAGUAAAUUAAUCCAAUUUAGUAUUUUAAGUGACCGUUAAUCUUUUCAUUAUUUGCUAUAUAAAUAACAAUUGUAACGAAAAACGUUGAAUCAGUUGAGUUUCAUUUGAGUUUAGUUUCACGGAAAAAGUCUCUCGGUACAAGCACAAGGGAUCAUAAGAAAUCCUUACAAAUCUCAAGCGAGAGAGAAACAUUUUACAAUGAAAAUAUAAAAUAAGUACACGCACAAUGAAGUACUAUUAAAUCGCUUUGUAGAUUGAAGAAGAUAUCGAUAAAGAUCAAAAAAUGGUGUUCUAUUUAUAAUAUGUAUAAAUAAUAUCAAUCUCUAUACACACAUAUAAAUAUCUACAGUAAUAGCCACGUUUUGAUAAGUUUAUAAUCGAGGUCAGUGAAGUGACAAAAUUUGAAUAAUUAAGAUUGAUAUUAAUCAACUAGAAAGUUUUCAUUGUAAAUUUCAUUUAAACCGCAAGAGACUCAAUUAUUUCAACGUCCAAGUUACGCGUCAUAUAUUUUUUACCGUGUAUGGUCAGGCAGGGUUUCUAAGACUUCUCUUGUAUAAUGAAACAUUUUUUUACACAAGAACGAUCUCAUGCACAACAUUCUAUACAGAAUUCUUUCGUCAAUAUCGUGGCAUGUGUUUUCCUCGCUUUUUUUCGUUCUUCUUUUAUUUUAUCGGCGCGAUGUUGUUACACGUUGCCGGCUUUAAUCAUUUAUGCGAAGCACAUUGCAUUGUCGAUCUCUAUUGUGACGCGGAUUCAUCUCUGAAUGAAAAUGUAAAUGGGCAAAUACAUUCCAAGAUACAUCCCAUGUUCUCCGAUACUGCGCUAAUCUCCUAGACACGUUAAACAUUGUAAAUAGCAAUAAAUGACGGAUGCCACGAUCGUUGAUUGUGAAAUUCUCGAGGACACGCUAUAUUGCGCUCUUAAACGAUAUGUAGUUAAGAAAAAAAUCUCCGUGUUAAUUCAUUCCAGGAUAUCGAAUUACGACUCGACGCACAUUUUAGAAAUAUGCGGUAUUUUGUUCUUCAUAUACCAAACUACUAUCGUACAUCGAAUCAUACUUUUUUCGAUUAAAAAAAAAGGAAAAGCUUUCUUGAAACCCGACGUCUCUCUAAUCUCUAUUUUCAUGGCUUUCCAUGUGAUUAGUUUUCGGAUUCUAUUCAGCUUUCUUUCCACAAGCUUUUCUGUUUAGACAAUGUUUUUUUCAUUCGGGUAAGCUGCUAAACAUUCAUAAUACGAUAAGUAGUUUAUUUCUUUUAUCAUUUCUCGAAGCUAUUUGUUUUAUUUUAUCGCGCAAGUGACCAAAUUUUUACACGAAAAGCCAUGGCUUCUACCAUUGAAUCGGUUCAUCAGUUUGAACGCGAUAUGCAAUAAUUAUACUUGAUUCGCUAUCACUGUCAUGAUUGCGUGAUCGAGAAUUACUAUUAAUAUUGAGAUAUUUCGCGAGAGAAAAAAAAACGCGCAAGAUAUAUUUAUCUUAUACGCGCGCGCGUGAUUUCGGUAAAUCGUCCAUCACCGACUCGCGUGUCAUCUUCUUCGAAGGCUGAAUUUUACACGAUUUUUAUUACACGCAACGCUUUACCGCGCUUUAUUAUACAUAUAUUGGUACACUUGUUUUACGAUAAAUGUAAUCGUAAGGAUCCUUGAUAAUCAUUUCGAAGGGAUUAGAUGAGAGACAGUUUUCUAGUCGAGUCAUGGGAGUGUGAGAGAUAAUUUCGCAAGGAAAGGUACAAUUUUGACAACGAGCGGCGGUAAAGCUUAUCUUCGAUAUCUAAAAUACAAUUUGUCGUUUAUCUUUUAUCGAUUAGUUCUUGUAAUUUGUCUCUGUCUUCUCUUGUAAUUUUCUGCCUAAAUAUCGGCUAUAAUUUUACCUAGCGUGAUAUCAUUAUACAUUUAUUUCCUUGCUGUAUUUCGUGCGAGUAAUUUGCAUUCUGUCUCAGCGAAAAUAACGCAUCGCACGCAAAUAUUAUAUGCCGAUAAUCGAGAGAAGCGCGUGUAUAUGCGAUUUGUAAGCACACAAUUUGUGCGUGCGAUUAUCUUUUUAUAUAGAGGGUGUACUUCUUAUCUUUCUACCCCUUCCUCUGUCCUUUUUUUAUUUUUCUAUUUUCUAUACUGCAUCUCUUUGUACAUAUAAAUUUAUCCGGUGUGGAUCUUCCAGUAUAAUGUAUUUAUUUUAUUCAUAUAUUUCUCUUCUUUCUUCUUCGUUUUUUUCUUUUUCCAAAACGGCGGUAUCACGAUUGAUGAGAAAGAGGUAGAAAAUCUGUAGAAAUAUCUCGAAAAGCUUUCUCGAAUAUUUCUCUAUAGACGCAAUUACAGAGCUCGUUCUCUUAUCGUUCUUUCGCUUGCGCUUUUUUCCUUUUCUUUGUCUUUUUAUUUUCCCUCCCGCCGAUAUAUCCGAUGUUUCACGUGAUUUUUGAUAAAUUAAAAAUUGAAUAAGGAAAGAAGGAAAAGGAAGGAGAGAAAGAGUGUAUGCUAUUAUAUUGAACAAUAGUAAAUUAUGUGAAAAAUGAAUUUUUUAAAUAAAAAUAUAUAUACUAUAUUAUACACUUGUAUUAUAUAUUUGCUGAAGCUGGUUUCGUCAAGACAGAGCUCUUUGUCUUUAACCGCUUAUAUCUUGAAAACUAUAUUGGCAUAUCGAUAUCUUAGUGGAGAAAAGAUUUUUUUCCAAAUUGCUCGUAGAAUCUUUCGUUAAAAUUAAAUGCAAUCAUCGUGAAACACCGUGUAUAAUUAUAAUACGAAUGCGUGUAACUGCGCAUUGAUAGCGCCCUGGUUUUUUUCCCGUACUCUCGGUCGUCUCUCAUUAAUAUAACGCAUUUUUAUCGCGUAAUUAUAGACGAUAUUUGCGACUACGCACUAUCAAAGCUGCGAUAUGCAUAUUAUUUGCGUAUAUAUUUUUUUGCACACUUAGAUACACACGCAGUACAUAUAUUGAGUAUAUUAUGGCGAAACUAUAAUUUUCAUAUCGUAGUUUUAAAGCGGGUAUUGUAAGAGUGUGUUUGUGUUACGAUUGGAAAAAGUUAGUUGACAGGAACGGGCCGAAAGGAAAAACUUGAAUAAUAAACGAGAUAAUAAAGGUUUGUCGCGACCGAGGCCAUUAAUAAGUACUGUGUAUUGCGAUGUGAUUGCUAUGUUAAUGAUCGAAUAUACAUAAGCGACUCGAAAUUUGCAUUUAAUACGAGUGAAACCAGCGACGAAAAUUUUUCAGUAAUUUAAUCGACGUCGUUAAUUUACCUUUGAGCCUUAAACAUUCAUAUAUAUUUUUACAUUUAUAUUUUCUUAUUUAUAUUUUUAUUUUUCAUAUACAUUGUCGUUGUAUGAAUACGGCUAACGUCCAUUAUAUUUUGUAAAUGAUAAAGUGUAUAAAUCGUAGAAAGUCGUUAGGGAGAGAAAGAAAUUGAUUGAAUUCUAAUAUAAUUAAUUGGCGCGUGACAAUGUAAUCUCGCGAAAAAAAUUUUCACUUGAUAUUUAUACAAGAAUCCGUUUGUUUUGACAAUUCGUUGCCGGUUUCACUCACGCGAGUGAAAACGUUCAUGUUUAGACUAUUCUUAGGGCGUGGAAUGAUUGCGGAUUAACGUGUGUAAAGCAUUAAUUAUUAAUAAGCUAUGCCGUAAGCGUCACGAUAUCACGAAGAAAUCCAUCUUUGUGGUAUCCUUCAUUUUUAAACGUCGCUUUGUCCUGCCUUCGAUAUAAGCGAUAUGCGAAAGAAUCGUUCGUAAUAUUAGAUAAAAGAAAGAAAUAGGGACGAGCGACUUGCACACGCGAUACGUGUGGUGUCCUAGUUGUAACGAUCAAAUGCAUUUUUCUCAAAUGCAAUUUCUCGAUCACCGAUAUUUCAAUAAAAUUCGCGCGAGACACAAAGUUUCGAGAGCGAAUUUUUUUUUUUUUUCAUGUAAAAUAAGUAAAGAAAUUGAUAAGCACAAUCGUUUAUGCACACAAAACGUAAUCACGCGAUGAACAUGAAUCAGGGGUCGAUAAGAGGGAUGGAAAACUAAUUGAAAUCGAUAUGUCGGCGAGUUCGGAUUCCGAUAUGAUACGAGAAUGGGAAUGAUCUCUGUAAUUAUUCUCUCUACGAGGAAAGCAAAGGAUAUACACUACAGAUCGCAGCGUUUGAACUCGACGAAAAUUGUUAUAGCUGUCAAAAGGAACACGUGCGCGAGGCUGCAUUAUGCGAAUCAUUAGUCGCCGUUAUUAGCGUGCCGAACUUUACCUCGAAUUGUGAUAUGUUGUGCUGAAUGAUCCGCGCGCAAAUCAGACAGCGUCCGUCAACAGCCAUCGACUGCCAAACUUGACAUUUCUCUCAUAGGUUCCUCGCAGCGUGUGUGUAUUGGGAUACUUACGGAGCGCAAGAGAGUAAGCUCGUUGACAUAUGAUCAGCGCGCUUUUCACCAACUGGUUCUUUUUUUCUCCUUUCGAGUUCCUUUAGCGCGAUAAGAACGAAAUCCACGAGUGCGAUUUGUACUUGCUAAUCUAUUGUUGUUGAUCUAUACAUCGAUCUUAUAUUCGGUAUGAAAAAUCUGACGACUAUCGAGCCUGUUACAUUAUUUCAACUUUGCGAUGCGCCCUCUUAUCAUUUCCACGAAGAUUAGACUUAGGCUCUCCAGUAUUUCUUUCUUUCUUUUUUUUUUUGAGAGGAGGGGGGAAAAAUAAUUUAUUUUUUGCGCGAACUAAAUCGCGAGCCGGGUCGCGCAAGGAUCGCUUUUUCGGAAGUGAAAACGAAAUGAGCUCAAGGACGCGGCGAAUGUUAAUAUAAUAAUUUUAAGUGAAUGAGAUGGGGAGCGACGAAGCUACUUUGUAUCGAGGAACGCGUUCUUUCUAAUCGUAAGGGAAGCGCGAACUCUACAGCGAGCACCGAAUAUGGCCACUACUUCGUUUUCGUAAGACGUAUCUUGAAAAUAUUUGUAUGUAAAUGAAUGACAAAAUAAUAAAAAGGAUAUACGCUGUAA